ACAAAAAACAGAGUUUUCUUCGGCUAUCGAUUUUCAAGUAUCGAUACAAGUGUCCAUCUCUCUCAUAUGUUCGUAUUGUCAAAAAAGUUUGAUCCAUACUCAUCACAAAUGGAUGAAGAAGAAAAGAUUUCACUUUGCGAACGAAUCCUAUUGGAUUUGGAUAACAUUUUCCGACGUGAUCCAAACAUAGUCGAAUUUGAUAUAAUCGAAGUGGCCGAAUCUACGUGCAAUAAAAGUCCAGUCAUUUAUAGUGAUCAUCAUUUAGCAUUGGAAAAAUGGUGUGUUCCACAUCUAUAUGAAUAUGCUUACGGAAAAAUGUUGAAUUUUAAAAAACAAUCCACCUAUAAUCGAACAGAGUCCUUUUUACUCAAUCAAUGGACAAGAAUCUUAUUAUUGCUCAACCCUGAUUUUACUACAGCUUGGAAUCUAAGACGUGAUUUGCUCAACAAAUCAUCGAUAGAUUCCCAUUUGGAAGAACUUGAUUUCACUCAAUUGGUGUUGAUACGAAAACCUAAAUGUGCCAGUGUUUUUACCUAUCGUGAAUGGCUAUUAAACAGUUUUAUUAAACUUGAUAAUGGUCGAUCAAUGAAUGAAGAUGUUGUAUCGAAUGAAUUACGUGUUACACUUGAUGCUGCCGCUCGAUAUCAACGUAAUUAUUAUGCUUGGAGUCAUCGUACAUGGCUUCUAACCGUUUACAUUGUCCAUAAUAAUCAUCCAGCCAAUGUUAUAAAUAAAAUAAUCAAUGACCUGAUGAUAACAGCCGAAUGGCUAGAACGACAUAUUUCCGAUUAUAGUGGCUUCCAACAUAGACAAUUCUUGUUCAAUUUUGUACAUGAAUUAAGUCGAACAAAUAUCAAAUCUUCCACUCGCACAACUACUGCCAAUUUAAAUUCAUUUACUAAUGAUGAAGAUGAUGAUUUGUCAUCAUCAUUAGAUAAAUGUUGUCAGAUAUUCUUGAAUGAAUUCCAAUGGUUAUCCACAUUAUGGCCAUUAUAUCCGGCCCAAGAAUCAUUAUUUUCACAUCGACUUGCCAUCAUAACUGGGGCCGCACGUGGUUUAGGCCGUGAAUAUGCUCUGCUAUUAGCAUCAAGAGGAGCUGCCAUUAUUGUCAAUGAUCUUGGUGGUGGUCGCGAUGGAACGGGCAAAAGUUUUGCUGCCGCUGAUUCGGUUGUCAAAGAGAUCCAAGAACGUGGUGGCCAAGCUGUUGCUGAUUACAAUUCGGUGGAAGAAGGCGAAAAAAUUGUACAAACUGCAAUCGAUAACUUUGGCCGAAUCGACAUUCUAAUAAAUAAUGCAGGUAUUUUACGAGAUAAAUCACUAAUGAAAAUGACAGCAGAAGAUUUUGAUCUUGUUCAUCGUGUUCAUCUUCGUGGAUCAUUUUUGACAACCAAAGCAGCUUGGCCAUAUUUUCGUCAACAGAAUUAUGGACGAAUCAUAAUGACAGCAUCACCAUCUGGGAUUUAUGGAAAUUUUGGCCAAGCAAAUUAUAGUUCCGCCAAACUUGGCCUGUUGGCAUUGGCAAAAACAUUGGCCAUCGAAGGCAGUAAAUAUGAUAUCAAAUGUAACACAAUUGUACCUGUUGCUGCUUCUCGAUUGACCGAAGAUCUAUUACCCGAAGAAAUUUUCAAUCUACUAAAACCAAGUUGUGUAGCACCGAUGGUCGGUUAUCUAUGUCAUGAAUCAUGUCAAGCCAAUGGUGAAGUGAUCGAAGCAGCUGGUGGAUAUUUUGGUCGUUAUCAAUGGCAGCGUUCGAAAGGAAAAAUUUUCAUUGAUACCGAUCGAAUUUCAAUCGAAGAUAUCCAUAAUAAUUGGUCACAGAUUACCGACAUGUCAAAUGGCUCGACGAAUCCAACUGGAAUGGAAGAUCAUACUGUAUUGUUGAUGACUCAACUACGUGGUGAUGACAUACCUGAACCGAUUUCGACAAACUCUGAAACUCAAUCUGAUCGUGUUUACAUUAAUCUUACGGUUGAAGAUGCAAUUCUAUACGCUCUUUCAGUUGGAGUUUCAACCGAAGAACCAAAUCAUCUUCGUUAUUUAUAUGAAAAUGAUGAAAAUUUUUCUAUAUUACCAUCAAUGGCAACCACUAUUUCAUUGAAUGCUGUCUAUCGAAGCAAUAUACUCGAAAAAGUGAUUGAACAAUAUAAAUUGGAAGACAAUCUAAUGCGUACAUUACAUGGUGAACAAUAUCUUCGAAUCUACGAGCAAAUUACUCGUCUUCCAAUAACAUUAGCAUGUGAAACGAAAAUAUUGGAUGUACUCGACAAAGGAUCAUCAGGUGCUUUGAUUAUAAUUGAAGUGACAACAUUUGAUAAUAAUUUGCCUAUUUUCUAUAAUCAAUUAUCAUUCUUCAUGAUUGGUAGCGGUAAUUUUGGCGGAAAAAGGCAUACAGAAAUUCCAGCAAUAAUUACUACAGAAAAUGUUCCAAAUGAUAGACCACCAGAUUGGAUAAUUGCACAGCCAACUACCAAUGAUCAGGCUGCUAUGUUUCGGCUAUGUGGAGAUAAAAAUCCAUUGCAUAUUGAUAGUAAUUUUUCCAAAAUUGCAGGUUUCAACCAACCAAUCCUACACGGAUUGUGUGCACUGGGAUUUGCCACCCGUCACAUAGUGGCCGUCUAUGCUGAUUACGAUUGUCAUUAUUUUGAUUCGAUUAAAGUUCGCUUCACCGGGACCAUAAAACCUGGCCAAACAAUUGAAACUCUUGUAUGGAAAUCGGAUAUUGAUUCAUUCAAUGAUCAAAAUAUUGUACGAAUACAUUUUGAGUGUUUUGUUCGAGAAACUGGUGUCAAAAUUAUUUCCUCUUCAUUUGUCGAUCUGAAAACACCGUUGCCGAAAUCGCCGAAAAUGGCCGAUUUUUCAUCGGACAAGAUUGUGAUUGCUCCCGGAACGGACAUCGACUGUAAAGUUAAUCGAAUUUUCGAUGAAAAAAUCCGCCCAAGAAUUGCUAAACAUUCCGAACUUAUCCCAUUAAUCAAUACGGUUUGUCAAUUUAAUAUUACCAGACAAGGAAAAUUGGUUAGCGUUUGGAUAUUGGAUUUAAAAAAUGGAAACGGUGAAGUUUAUCAUGGACCAAGAUCGGAUUUACCUGUCGAAUGUAUAUUGACCGUAGAAGAUGAUGCAUUGGUCGAUAUAUUCGAAGGACGUGAUGAACCAAUGUUAGCAUUCAUUGGUGGCCGACUACAGGUUAGUGGGAAUAUAACGGCAGCACAAAAAUUGCAACAAUUAUGGUCUGAAGAUGAACCAAUCACACCUAUGUCUGAUCAUCAACAGUCGAAAGAUAACCAUCCUGUUGCCAAUAAUAAUGAUGAUAAUGAUCAGGAUGAUGAAGAAUUAUUACGUUCAAUACCGACAACUGGAUUGAAAAGCGAUAUAAUGUUUACUAUAAUCCGAAAUCGAAUGCAUGAAGAGCCAGAAAUUAUGAAACGACUGACUGCUAGCUAUCAAUUCAAUAUCUUAUUGAAUGGUCAACCAAAAACUGUUUGGUCAGCUGAGAAUAAAACCAAUCCAACUGGAUGCGUUUAUAAUAAACCAUUUAUGAAUGGUAAACCAGAUUGUAUGCUUACAGCUGAAGAUGAUGAUCUUAUUAAAUUGAUGUUUGGCAAAUUGAAUCCACAAAGAGCAUUUAUGAUGGGUAAAUUGAAAGUAAAGGGCAAUAUAUUGCUAUUGCAACGAUUAUAUUCACUUUGGUUGGAAUUACAGAAAAUGGGUAAAACACCCGAACUUCCUUUCAUAACGGACCUCAUGUCAAAAACCGAUCUUAAACCCGGAUUACGAAGCGAAAUGAUGAUUGUCGAGUUGAUUCAACGUUUAAUUCGAUUACCAUAUCUAUGUAAAGAGAUUCCAACAUUGAUUGGAUUCGAAAUUUUCAAAGAUGGUCAAGUGGCAGCCGAAUAUAAAUUAGAUUUUGGUAAAAAUGAUCGUACAGGUGUAUUUGAUCGUGGUCUACCCGAAAGCGAAUCAUUUGCCAUCAUGACAAUGACAGAUAAUGAUUUUGUGCGGCUCACAUAUCAUCGUUUCACAUUGGAACAAGCAUGCAAAUCUGGCCGUGUGAAAAUUCGUGGUGAUCAUUCAAUUAUACCGAAAAUAUCGAUUAUAUUCAAAACACCGACAUCAAGAGUAAAACUUUAAUCAAUUUGUUGGCUAAAAAAUGGCAGAUUUUUUUCAAAAUUUUUUAUUUAUAAAAUAAUUAU